UCUUUUCCUUUUUUCUUUAUCUUUUUGCAAAUUGUCUUGAUUAUUAAUUCUAAUAGAUUCGUUGUUAAGAUCAGAAUGGAGAUUUGUGAAGAUUAUGAGUAAUUUUUUUCUUUUGUAAUAGUUGAAAUCAUAAGUCGAUUGAAAUUAGAUUACUAUGGAAAAUCUGAAAGUAUUGAAUGAUCGUUUCAUUCUAUUGUAGGAUUCUUCGUUGGAAGUGCAUAUCUACGAUCUCAUCUCGUGAGAUUUGAAUUCAGGACUGUGGUUAAAAUUAAAUAAGGUUUAAUGAUCCAUUCAAUAUGGGCCAUUAAUUUAAACUUCCACAUAUUUGAUCUUGUUUAUAUCUUAUAUUAUUAACAAACAUACAAUUACUUCUAACCUUACUCUUCAACAUUACAAAUAUCACAUUUUCCAAACUCGCCAAUAUGCACACAAAUUCAUAUGAAGUCGUAAAUGAUAUAACAUCUACAUAAACAGAUAGACAUAGACAUAGACCGUUGGAUGCCGGUUCAGUGGUCGAAUAUCGCGAUGCGAGGUCGUGGAUGAGCACUGCUGAGGAGUCCCAGUACUUCCAGGUUUUCCAUGGUGGUCUAGCUUCAACUGACUCAUGAUCUUAACCAUUGAAAUCAAUAGAAUAGAAUAGAAUUACAUAAGAAUUUCAUAAAAUCUAAUCUGUUCAAUUCAUUAUAAAGGGGAAUUAUAGAUCAUGAGUCAAUUGAAGGUAGAUCACUAUGGAAAACCUGGAAGUAUUGGAUUGCCGUUUUUCCUAUUGUGGGAUUUCUUCUUGACAGUGCAUAUGCACGAUCCUGCCUCAUGAGAUUUCACACACAGGACCUAUCAGUCUUGUGCACGAGCACUUGAACACUAGACCAUUGAGUUGGUCUACAUCCAUUGGUGUUUAUGUCUAACUUCAACUAAUCCACGAAGUUGCGCCACCGUACACCAUUGUCUUCAGUGAGUUCCUAUCUCACAACAGACCUGGCGCGAGACUGAUAGGUCCUGGGUUCGAAUCUCGCGGGGGGCGGGAUCGUGGAUGCACACCGCUGAGGAGUCUCAUACGAGGACGAAACGGCCGUCCAGUGUUUCCAGGUUUUCCAUGGUGGCCUAGCUUCAAUUGACUCAUGAUAUCAACCAUUGAAUUUCGAUUACACUAAAAUUAUUCGACUUUGUUUCUUUAGUAUUAUUUGAACGUGUAUUAAUUUCAUUCAUUCGUUCGUUCAUUCAAAACUAACAUUACGUCUAUCGAUUCCAAAAUUCGUAGAGAUGGUACGGCGAGCAGAACCACUGCAAGAACGACUGCUUAAACGGGGGACGGCUGUGAUGUGUUCUACUGAUGUCGAUAGAUAUAAGUAGUACGUAUCAUUAAUCGACAAUGAAAUACCUGUCAGCAAAAAGUUAAGAAGAUGAAAGUGAGGAGAAUAAGUACAGAGAAUGAUUGAUGUGGAACUGAAGAAACAAUAAAGUUUGAAACAAUUGAUUAACAUUUUGCAAAUGAAGUGCUUACUAUAUGGUUCUCAGAUUUCACUAAGUGAUUCUGUCAUUUUUGUGGUUAAAUGCAUUUGGUUGUCCCCACUUGUAUUCUCGUCCACUACACACUACUGACAACGACUAACCAAGAAAAAAACGUUUAUAAUGAUUUGUAUUUGCCAGUUUUAAUUUUCAAUACUUAAAUCGGAUCAACUUUCAUUGGAAUGUCUCAAUAUAACCAUUUUGCUACGACUCUGGUGUUUUGGAUUUGUAGAAUCCUGGAUGCAUAUCCAAUUCAACUUGGGACUCAUCAGUUGAACUUGUUUCGUGUUUUGUACUACUUGGCACUCAUCAGUAAGGUUUAGGUGUACCUGAAACUAAGAAGUACCUGAUAUACAUGACAUUGAUCACUACCCAGUGAUCAAUCAAUUGUAAAUACAUCUCAGUCCUACAAAAGGUUAGUCGCGGCCCGGAUAACUCAGUGGUAAUGUCUCUAAUUAUGAAGUUGGAUGACACGAGGUCGGAUCCAUCAAAGAGUAUUAGUUCCCUCAAGAUUACACAAGUACACUUUGCUACCGAGUGUAAAGUUUUACAUUCUAACAAUCAAUACUCGCACCCCCCCGUCGCUCGACUUAUGUUAGAACAGUCUAUAGUUUACAAUCAUUAAACUACAAGGUACUUUAUAUUAUUAUUGAAGCUAUUCAUUAACACUUAGAUAAUAUUCAUUUAAUAAACAUUUAGAAAAUGUAUUAAAUAAUGAAUGGUAUUUAUUCACAUAGUUUUACAAUGGACCGUUUAUCAUAAUGUUUAUUUAUAGACUAAAGGGGUUUCACUCAAAUGUACUAUUAUCAUUUAGAUGCAUGAAACAUGCUUAGUAUUACUACUAUUAUUACUAUUGCCAUUACUAUUGUUACUAAUAUUAGUAAUACCAUUACUAUUAUUAUUACUAUUACUACUACUGUUAUUGCCAUUAUCAGUAUUGUUACCACUACUACUACUACUACCAUUAUCAUUGUUACUAUGACUAUUACCACUAUUAUUAUUGCUACUACUACUAUUACUAUUACUACUACUACUACUGCCACUAUUAUUAUUACUGUUACUAUUACUAUUAUUAGUAUUAGUAUUUCUGUUUUGACCGAUUCAACUGUAUGUUUAGAUAAGAAAUUGAAGAGGCUACAAUUCAUGUCAAUUAUAAGAAUGGUGUUGUUGCUUUGCCAAUCAUGGAUUUACAUCUGCAUCCGAUCGUCCUUUUUCAUCGAUGAUGCUUCUCAGGUACGUGAAGGAUUCCACAUCUUCCAGAGUUUCGCCAUCAAGUGUGAUUUGGUUGGUGUUCUCUUGCUUCUUAUACUUGAACUUAAAAGAAUAUGAAACCUCCAGAUUAACUAAUCAUAGGAUAUAUACUACACUGAAUACUGUUUAUCCUGUAACAAUGCUCAUCACCUUAUAUAAAAUGAACUGCCCAUUAGAACAAAUAAGACAAGAGCCUCAAAAUGGAGUCCAGACUUCAUUGAGAAUAAGACAUUUCACUUUCGAUUGAUGAUACGUACUACUUAUAUCUGCCGACAUCAGUAGAUCAUACUAUAAUUGUAUGCAAACGUGUGUGUACAAUCAAUCUCGAGUCUUCGGUGUAGUUUUAUAUUAUGCAAGAAAUGCUUAAUUUCAUAGGUUAAAAGUUCACUCUUUCCAAUGUCUAUUAGAUAUAAUUCAGUGAAUGAGAACAUAAUUGGAGACAGUCGAAUGUAUGUGAACUCAGGAUUACAGGAGAUCUUAGUAAAAUCUAAAAUCCAUACAGUAAACACUUCUUCGUUUUUUUUAAAAUGUUCAUUAAUUGCCUCAAACUUCACUGUUUCUACAUUUCCAUAACAAGUGUCUUCUGUUCUCGUUCAUUUCUUUUCAAUCUUCUUGAAAUUCUACUACCAGACAUUCUAUUUUUGACUAAGCUUAUAUACUACUUAUAUCUGAUGACAUAAGUAGCACACAUAUAUAUAUAUAUAUACUACACAAAGAUCAUAUUGUUG